CACUGAGGAGCCGCUCCCCGCAGACAGUGCUUCCGGUUUAGCGCAGGAAGCCGGCCAUCUUACUGCACCCGGUCUGUGUGAGGCGAGGAGGACCGGAAUCUGGCUGACCGCAGUCCGCACUCUGUUUUCGGUUGGGUGUACCAAGAUGGCAGCCGGGCGGCUCUAGGGUCGGACAAUUUCAUCAGGGUCCAGUGACUGAGAGCCGGACGCCAGCUGCCAUGGAGCCCGCAGGGCGCAAGGACAAGGGGAAGGCUAAGGACGCCGCCAGCCGGCAGGAGAAAGCGAAACAAAAAACGGCCCAGCAGGAACUGAAGCAACGGCAGAGGGCGGAGAUUUAUGCUCUAAACAAGGUGAUGACAGAGCUGGAGCAGCAGCAGUUUGAAGCAUUUUGCAAACAGAUGCAAGCGUCUGGCAAGUGACCCAAGAGGAGGAGGCGGAACGUGUCGGGCCGGACACAGAAUGCGCCGACGAGGGGGCUUAUCACCAUGUGGGAAUGACCACCUUCUCUUUCGUUAGUUCUUUAUUUAAUUUGUAAUCAGAAGCUUAACCCUCGUGUGAUCAUUUUACUCCUUAUUUUACUUUUUUUUUUAAAUUAAACUCUUCUAAAAAGCAAA